AUGUCCCUGAAGCGCGGUCCCCCAGCGCUCGACAAAAACAACAACAACAACAACGCCGCCAACGCCCAAGCCCACGACCACUCCCACCGCCCUCCCAAAACCACCAAGCUGCACCACCCCACCCCCGCCGCCGCCGCCGCCGCCGCCCAACCACCAUCUUCCCAAAUCUACCGCUCCGCCCCCCUCACCGACCGCCACUCCACCUUCCACGCCUACUUCACCCCCCACCUCUCCCCCUCCCACCCCCCCGCCGCCGCCCUCCAAGCCCACCCAGACUUCCGCACCGCCACCCACCGCAUCGCCGCCUGGCGCCGGCCCUCGACGCAACGGACCCUGUUUUCUUCCUCCAGCAGCACCAACAUCAGCAACAAAAACAAAAACGAUGCCAAAAACACCAACGCCGUCCUCUACCAAACAUCCUUCGACGACGACGGCGAGUCCCACGCGGGCAGGCGCCUCGCGGCGGUGCUGGAGGCGCUCGACGUGCGGGAGGGGGUCGUGGUGGUGGCGAGGUGGUAUGGCGGGGUGAUGUUGGGGCCGGUGCGGUUCGAGCAUGUGGAGAGGUGUGCGAGGGAGGCGGUGGGGAGGUGGAGGGCGGCGGUGGAGAAGGAGAAGGAGGGGGAUGGGGGCGAGGAGGAAAAGGAGAAGGAGAAGGGGAGGUUGGUGGGGGUGUUGAGGGAGAGGGAUGGGAGUGUCGAGGUGCUGAGGGGGUUGUUGGCGGGGAAGAAGCGCGCGUUGGGGGGCGGGGAAGACGGCGGUGGUGGUGGGACGGAGGUGGGGAAGAAGCGGAUGGAGUAUGAGAGGAUGCCGGUGCAGGCGCUUGUGAGGCUGGAGAAGGCGAGGGAUGCGACGAUUGCGUUUGUUUUGAAGGAGUUGGAUAAGGUUGAGGAGGAGAUUUUGAAGGGGAUGGGGGGUGGUGGGGAGGAGUUGGAUGGGGAAGACGAGGUGGCUCAUACCGAGGCUGCCGAUGCGUUGCGGAACGACGGGAAGGAUGGCGAGGCCGUGGGGAGUCGCGUCGCCGAUGAUGUUCGGAGUACAGACAAGGAAGAGAUGUCUGCAGAGAACGAGAACCAAUGCGACCCGGUGGUAGAUGAUGAGAGUUGCACCAGAAAUCCGAACUCAGACGCUGGCUAA